CUCAACUUCCAUAAUGAGUUGCUGAAGUGCAAAUCCAAACUUACUGCAUCUCUUCUUCUUCUUCUCCAAUGGCACUGAAUUCAUUGACUCCGCUUUCCACAGGCUGUCUUCACGCAUCCAAGACUUGCAAUGUACACCAAUCUUAUUUCCAUCCAAAGGGAGCUUUUAAAGUUGUAUGUGAAAUGAAGAGAAACACAGAACCCAGGAGGAAGUGGGGGAAACUGGUUUCGGCCACGUUGGCAGCGGCAGUUAUUGCCUUCAGCUCUGACAUGUCUGCCCUUGCUGAUCUCAACAAAUUCGAGGCCGAAAUGAGGGGUGAAUUCGGCAUUGGAUCCGCUGCUCAGUAUGGUUCUGCCGACCUCAGGAAAGCAGUGCAUGUGAAUGAAAAUUUCAGAAGAGCCAAUUUCACAGCUGCUGAUAUGAGAGAAUCUGAUUUUAGCGGUUCAACCUUCAAUGGUGCAUAUCUUGAGAAAGCUGUUGCAUACAAGGCUAAUUUUACAGGUGCCGAUUUAAGUGACACUUUGAUGGAUCGAAUGGUUCUUAAUGAAGCCAAUUUCACAAAUGCUAUUCUCCUUAGAACAGUGCUGACACGGAGUGACCUUGGAGGUGCCAUCAUUGAAGGUGCUGACUUCAGUGAUGCUGUGUUGGACCUUCCACAAAAGCAGGCUUUAUGCAAGUAUGCAAGCGGCACAAAUCCUGUAACAGGAGUAAGCACAAGAUUAAGCUUGGGUUGUGGCAACAAACGACGAAAUGCAUAUGGCAGCCCGUCGUCUCCCCUGUUAAGUGCUCCACCACAGAAACUGCUUGAUCGAGAUGGUUUCUGUGAUGAAGCAACUGGCCUUUGCGAUGCAAAGUAGUUGCACGCAUUUGGCCAUAUGUUUUAAGAGACUAUGAAUGAGGCAUCUCUAUGCAGAGUAUAUCCUCCUCAAACCAACUCACGCCUACACUGAUUGAUCUUUGGGCAGAACCUGUUUGUGAACCCUGUUUUUCUCCCUGUAAGAUAACAGAUAUAUUUGCUAAUUUGGGGAGAAUAUAAAGUUCUCCUGUGUUUUGAUCA